GAUAAAACCUUGGUCCGAAUGAUAUAAAUAAAUUUAGUGGAAAGUGAAAUAGAACUGAUGACGCAGCAAAAUGAGUAGAGUUCAACUACAAUACGAAGGGAAUUCUUUAAAAUGCAAAAGAGGUGAUUUUAGGUGUAACUAUAGUGUAAAGGUUGCGGAUUAGAACUUCAUGCCACGAAUCGAUCAUGUUGUAUGAUGCAGCAUGCUAGACCUGAGGUUUGUCAAAAUUGACGAUUUAAAUUAAGUUGAUAGACACAAUUUUACGUGGCAGCUACAAAAACGUAGCUUAUAAAUGUUUUUGGAAAAUCGCCAUAAUUUCUCCGCCCACAUAAAUUAAUUAUCUCAUCUGCUCCUUCGAGACUCCGCCACCCUAAUCCAUGACGGCGACCACCAAAACCCUUUCCGUCCUCCACCGCGGCGGCGUCGCUCCGGCGAGCGACGCGGCGGAGCAGCGCCUCCCUCUCACUUACUUCGACAUGUUCUGGCUCUACUUUCACCCUAUCGAGCGCCUUUUCUUCUACAAACACCCUUGCUCCGUCGCCGAUUUCACCGACAACAUCGUUCCACAACUGAGAAACUCUCUCUCCCAAACGCUCAGCCACUACCUCCCCCUCGCCGGCAACUUAUUCCGCCCCCUCGAUUCCAGCAUGCCGGAGCUACGCUACUCCUCUGGCGAUUCAGUCGCCGUCACCUUCGCCGAAUAUAGCGAAGCUGCUGAUUUUGAGUAUCUCACCGGCAAUCAAGCGCGGGAAGCUGAUGAGUUCCACCUUUUCGUGCCUCAGCUGCCGGAAUCCACAACCGAUUCCGAAUCCGGAUGUCAGAAAUUUCCACUACUAGCUAUUAAGGUCACACUCUUUCCGGCGACAGGCAUAGUUAUCGGCGUCACUAACCACCACGUUGCCGGUGACGCGAGCUCCAUCGUCGGAUUUCUCAAGGCGUGGAGCUCAACAGUGAAACUCGGCGGAGAAGGCGACUUCGAACAGCUAGCUCGAAACAACGCUCUUCCGUUCUACGACAGAUCGGUGAUCAGAGAUCCGACGGCGAGGGCGGAGAUUUAUUGGAACCAAAUGCGAUCCAUCAAGCUCGGCGAAUCACAACCAGGAUCAAUCACCCCUACCAAUAAAGUCCGAGAAACGUUUAUUUUGCAGAAAACUGACAUCGAGAAGCUGAAAAAAAUGGUGAUGGAGAGAGAACCGGAUUCGAUCCACCUCUCGUCGUUCACCGUGACGUUAGCCUAUUUCUGGUCGUGCAUCGACAGGACCGCGGCGGAGGCAGGGGAGGAGAUCGGCGACGAGGAGCUCGAAUACUUCGGGUUCGCCGUGGACGCGCGGGGUAGGGCGGAUCCGCCGGUGCCGGCGGCGUAUUUCGGGAACUGCGUGGCAUUCGUGGUGGCGGAGUCGAGGCACGGGGUGAUGCGAGGGGAGGACGGAUUCUUCGCGGCGGCGAAGCUGGUGGGAGAGCUGAUUAGGGAUAAGGUGAAUAAGAAGGGGGAGCUGCUGAGCGACGCCGACGAGUGGCUGACGAAAUACGCGCCGCUGUUGGGGAGGCGCGUGUUCGGGGUGGCGGGAUCGCCCAAAUUCGACGUGUACGGCGUGGAUUUCGGGUGGGGGAAGGCGGCGAAGUAUGAAGCAGUUUCCAUAGAUGGGGAUCCGAAUGUGUCGAUUUCGCUCUGCAAGUCGAGGGAGUUUGAGGGAGGGUUGGAAUUGGGGGUUUCCAUGCCUAAGAGAGCAGUGGAAGCGCUAGCAGCUGUCUUCUACCAUGGAUUGAAGGCUUAGUGGAUUCUGCUUUAUAUGCUUGCUAGCUCCAUCGAAAUGCAUCUCCAACAAGACUCGGCGAGCGGACACGCGUUCGACUCGCGUGAGCCAAUCCCAUUGCUGAGCCCUCCUGGCGCGAUCCAACCUGCGCCCAAUUCGGCCUAAAAGAUACGGAAUGAGAUUCAAUAUAUCACAUUUGGUGUCUUACUUUCUAUUUUGUUUAUUUUCUUAUUCAUUUUUUCAUCAAUUUCAAUUAUAUAUACUUUAAUUUAA